ACCUCCCUCCCCUUUCGCCUCCUCCGGCUCCUUCCCUCCGCCCCUCCUCCGCCAGCCACUGGAAUCAAUUCCUUAGGGAAUUGGGGCUCCGCCGCCGCCGCCACCGCCGCGGACGACAGCCUUUCCGCGCGGGACUCCGGGGCACCGACGGGGCCAUGUAAGCAGCGAUCCUCCGCAGCGCCGCACCGGGCAUGGACACCUUUCUCGGCGUCUGGAGGAGCACGUGCGGUAGUGUCAUCACCCAGACACGAAGCUGCUAAGGCCAUCUCAGGGGCGUGGGCGCCGGGAUAGGAAGGCGGCGUCCGAGGGCCACGCAGCCAUGCCUUUCGGCCUGAAGCUCCGUCGGACACGGCGCUACAACGUCCUGAGCAAGAACUGCUUUGUCACACGGAUCCGCCUGCUGGACAGCAAUGUGAUCGAGUGCACGCUGUCGGUGGAGAGCACCGGGCAGGAGUGCCUGGAGGCCGUGGCCCAGAGGCUAGAGUUGCGAGAGACACACUACUUUGGCCUUUGGUUUCUCAGCAAGAGCCAGCAAGCACGAUGGGUGGAGCUGGAGAAACCUCUGAAGAAACAUCUGGACAAAUUUGCUAACGAGCCUCUGCUUUUCUUCGGAGUCAUGUUCUAUGUGCCAAAUGUGUCAUGGCUUCAGCAGGAGGCCACAAGGUAUCAGUAUUACCUGCAAGUCAAAAAGGACGUGCUUGAAGGGCGAUUGCGGUGUGCGUUGGAGCAGGUGAUCCGACUGGCCGGCUUGGCCGUGCAAGCUGAUUUUGGAGACUACAAUCAGUUUGAUUCUCAAGAUUUCCUCAGAGAAUAUGUGCUGUUUCCUAUGGAUUUGGCCCUGGAGGAGGCCGUUCUGGAGGAGCUGACCCAGAAGGUAGCCCAAGAACACAAAGCCCACAGUGGAAUCCUGCCCUCAGAAGCCGAGCUCAUGUACAUCAACGAGGUGGAACGUUUGGAUGGAUUUGGACAGGAGAUCUUCCCUGUGAAGGACAAUCAUGGAAACAGUGUGCAGCUGGGCAUUUUCUUUAUGGGCAUUUUCGUGAGAAACAGAAUUGGAAGACAAGCAGUGAUACACAGGUGGAAUGACAUCGGGAAUAUCACACACAACAAGUCGACUAUUCUGGUGGAGCUCAUCAACAAAGAAGAGACGGCCCUCUUUCACACGGACGAUCUUGAAAAUGCCAAGUAUAUCUCUCGGUUGUUUGCUACGCGGCACAAGUUUUACAAACAAAACAAAAUCUGCACUGAACAAUCAAAUUCUCCACCCCCCAUCAGACGCCAGCCCACCUGGAGCCGAUCCUCUCUGCCCCGACAGCAGCCGUACAUCUUGCCUCCCAUGCACGUCCAGUGUGGUGAACACUACUCGGAAACACACACUUCGCAAGAUAGCAUCUUCCAUGGGAAUGAAGAAGCCUUGUACUGCAAUUCCCACAACAGCCUGGACUUAAAUUAUUUAAAUGGCACCGUCACCAAUGGCAGCGUGUGCAGCGUUCACAGCGUCAACUCCCUCAACUGCUCCCAGAGUUUCAUCCAGGCUUCUCCUGUGUCCUCCAACCUCAGUAUCCCCGGGAGUGACAUCAUGCGGGCCGACUACAUCCCUAGCCACCGGCAUAGCGCCAUCAUUGUGCCAUCCUACCGGCCGACCCCCGAUUAUGAGACGGUCAUGCGGCAGAUGAAGAGGGGGACCGUGCACGCCGACAGCCAGAGCCAGUCUCUGAGGAACCUCAGCAUCAUCAACACGCAUGCCUACAACCAGCCAGAGGAUCUGGUGUACAGCCAGCCCGAGAUGCGGGAGAGGCCACCCUACGCUGUCCCUUAUGGGCCGCAGGGAGGCUACGGUAACAAACUCGUCAGCCCGUCUGACCAGAUGAACCCAAAGAAUAACAUGGUGCCGAGCAAGCCAGGGGCAAGCUCCAUCUCCCACACGGUGAGCACCCCAGAGCUGGCCAAUAUGCAGCUCCAAGGCACCCAGAACUACAACGCGGCCCAUAUGCUCAAAAACUAUCUCUUCAGGCCACCGCCCCCCUACCCACGGCCGCGCCCUGCCACCAGCACCCCAGACCUCGCCAGCCACCGUCACAGGUACGUCAGCGGCAGUAGCCCCGACCUGGUGACCCGCAAGGUGCAGCUCUCGGUGAAGACCUUCCAAGAAGACAGCUCCCCAGUGGUGCACCAGUCUCUCCAGGAGGUGAGCGAGCCCCUCACGGCCACCAAGCACCACGGCACAGCGAAUAAGCGCCACAGCCUGGAGGUGAUGAGCAGCAUGGUGCGGGGCAUGGAGGCCAUGACCUUGAAAUCGCUCAACAUCCCCAUGGCGCGCCGAAACACACUCCGGGAGCAGGGGCCGCCCGAGGAGGUGCCGGGGAGUCACGAGGCUCACCAGCUUCCCCAUUACCACCACAAGAAGACCCUCUCGGAUGCCACCAUGCUGAUCCACAGCAGCGAGAGUGAGGAGGAGGAGGAGGAGGUCCCAGGGUCGGUGCCCCAGAUCCCCAUGCUCCGGGAGAAGAUGGGGUACAGUGCCCAGCUACAGGCAGCCUUGGCCCGAAUCCCAAACAAGCCCCCGCCCGAAUACCCUGGCCCGAGGAAGAGCGUUAGCAACGGGGCCCUGAGGCAAGACCAGGUCAGCCUGCCUCCUGCCGCCGCCAGGGCUAGGGUCCUGAGGCACGGGCCGGCCAAGGCCAUCAGUGUUUCCCGAGCGGAUCAGCUGGCCGUGGCUGGGCCUUCCCUCGGUCCCUCCAUCUCUGAACCCGACCUGACAAGCGUGAAGGAGCGGGUCAAGAAAGAGCCUGUGAAGGAGAGACCGGUGUCUGAGAUGUUCUCCCUGGAAGACAGCAUUGUAGAGAGAGAGAUGGCCAUCAGGAAUCUAGAGAAGCAGAAGAUGGCAAGCCUGGAGGCACAGAAGCGGCCGCUCAUGUUGGCGGCGCUGAAUGGACUCUCAGUUGCCCGGGUCUCGGGGCGGGAAGAGAGCCGAGCUGAUGCCACCCGAGUUCCCAUGGAUGAGAGGUUCAGAACCCUGAAGAAAAAGCUAGAAGAGGGAAUGGUGUUCACAGAAUAUGAGCAAAUUCCAAAGAAGAAGGCCAAUGGCAUUUUCAGCACCGCGGCCCUACCAGAAAAUGCCGAGCGAAGCCGCAUCCGCGAAGUCGUCCCCUAUGAGGAGAACAGAGUGGAGCUGGUACCGACCAAAGAAAACAACACAGGUUACAUUAAUGCCUCCCACAUCAAGGUGGUGGUUGGUGGGGCAGAAUGGCACUACAUAGCCACUCAGGGGCCCCUGCCACACACAUGUCACGACUUCUGGCAGAUGGUGUGGGAGCAGGGAGCGAACGUGAUUGCCAUGGUCACCGCGGAAGAGGAAGGCGGACGAACCAAGAGCCACCGAUACUGGCCCAAACUGGGUUCCAAGCACAGCUCAGCCACCUACGGCAAGUUCAAGGUCACCACAAAGUUCCGAACGGAUUCUGGUUGCUAUGCAACCACAGGCUUGAAGGUCAAGCACCUUUUGUCGGGGCAGGAAAGGACGGUGUGGCAUUUGCAAUACACUGACUGGCCGGACCAUGGCUGCCCAGAGGAUGUCCAAGGAUUUUUAUCCUACUUGGAGGAGAUCCAGUCUGUCCGACGCCAUACCAACAGCAUGCUGGAAGGCGCCAAGAAUCGGCACCCUCCGAUCAUCGUCCACUGCAGCGCCGGGGUGGGGCGGACCGGUGUGGUCAUUCUUUCGGAGCUGAUGAUCUACUGCCUGGAGCAUAAUGAAAAGGUGGACGUGCCCAUAAUGCUGAGGCUCCUCAGGGAGCAGAGGAUGUUCAUGAUCCAGACCAUCACCCAGUACAAGUUUGUCUACCAAGUCCUCAUCCAGUUCCUCCAAAACUCCAGACUCAUUUAGCCCCCGACCCAGCUACUGGAAGAGGGACCCAGCUCCAUCUUGCAGAUGGGGAAGCACCUCCAGACAACAUCUGCCCCCCCGAGCCGGGCGCGGGUGGCCAGAGCAGGCAGGUCAUGGGCUCCCCGAAGGCGGGAGCCAAGACUGUUCCUCAACAACCUAUAUUAUUUUAUAUGAGAUAAUUUUUUUUUUUUUCCCUUUUGGAUAACUUUUGUGAAUCAUCGUAAUGCAUAAUGUUUUCACGAUAAUAUAGUCCUCCUCGUUUGAACCACAUUUCGACUGAUCUGCAUUGUAAAUAUGGCAGCAGGGAAGUUUGCCCGGUGGAUUGUUUUGGGGACAGAGGCAUAAGGGAACACAUCUCUAGUGAAGCUGUGGCCAGAUUAGAAACCAAGCCUGAAAUUCAUCAAUCAGCCUGAUUGCUCACGUUCAAAUCAGAGAUGGCAAGAAAAUGAAUUUGUCCUAAAAUAUAAAGAUAAGGGCCAAGGCCCUUCCCUGAAGGAAACACACGCGCGCGCGCGCGCACACACACACACACACACACACACACACACACACACACCACUAUUCCCUUAUAUUAUUCCCUUAUAUUUUGGGCUUCUGAACCUUGAUGGCCAGUGGCCUUCCUUCUUCCUUUCUGCCCUCAUCCUCCGCUGUCUCUUUUUUCCCCAAGUUUGAGUCAAAGACAGGAGCAGCUAGAGGAAAUGCUGCCUUUCACCAGAUGGCCCUCACCCAGGUGAACGAGGAGCUCUCUGUUGUGUCUCCUCAACACUCCUUCCUUUGAACUCUGGAGCCUGUGUUGCCCUGCCGGGGACCACGACCUCAGUAUUUGCUACUGCUCCCUGUUUGCUCAGUGGGCCCCAGUCUGGUGGUCUUCGAGGCUCUGGGCCAGGCCAUCUGUGCAGCUAGGCCUCUUGCCGGACUGAGAGGAGAUGAUGGACCAGAGCGGGAAGAGAAAGGAGACAGGCAAGCCCUUGAUAUUGUUUCUUAUUUAAAUAGGAUGUGUGUGCUGGCCGGGGGCCUGCAGGUUGAGGCGGUGGGUACAUUCUGUCUUUACAUCAGUCCCCAAGUCACUGGAAACGUUAUCAUGGGAACAGUUGGGAAAGCUGAUUUAUGGGAGCUGUUUGGCACCUAGGUAGCAGGGCCCUGGCCAGGAACCACACCGAGUGUGACCCCCCUCUCUGACUGUGCUGCUGUCGCCCCAGCCUUUGGCCUGCAGGAGCAGAACUAAGCCCACUCAGGACCCUGUGGUCCAAAUUUGGCUACUUGAUGAAAGAUGCUGGGAUUUGUCUCGCACAAAGCCUGUUCUCUCCCGUUUUCCAUACGCCCCGCUCUCCAGUUGCUUUGCAGUUUCCUUCUGUUUGUCUCUUCCUGAGCCUACGUCAGUCACCGUCCUGAAUUUUUUAGGUCAGUACACAGCAAAUUGUAUUCCACACGUUUCUCCUCUAGCAGAAUUUUAGGAAGUUUUCCUCUCUACUGUCUAGUUCUUGAAUGCAGUGUUUAAACGGUGGUUCUGUUCUUAGAUUUGACAUUCGUGGCUGUUCCACUGUGCCUUCCUCCACUGCUGACUUUUUGUUUUGCUUUGUUUUUCCUGAGCUGAGAAUGCGAAGAAAGAGUGGUAUCAUAUCAACCAGAAAGAGCAUGCCUGUGUGAUGUCCGGUGACCACAGCCCAAUAGAGGGGUGCGGAAGCAGAUUCCCGAUGAACUCGUUCAGAAUGGGAAUCAACUCAGUUUCACAUCUGGCCAGGUGUGGUGGUGGUGGUGGUGGUGGUUCUCUCAUUUAGACGGAGAGUCCUGGUGAGAGAGGGCCCCCUCUUGUUGUCCAGAGUCUGAAGAAACAGUGAAGGAGGGUAACUUCAGUUGAGCUCUGUAGAUUCUGGAAUUUCGGUGUAUGUUCUGGAAAAGAAAACCAUGAGUAUGACCUAUAUUUUCAGUGGAACAGAGCUCGUCACCCUCACCAGGAGAUGCUCGGAACUUACACUGUUAACAGGCAAAGACGUUAUCUGUUGCCUUUCCUUAGACACUUCCCAUCCUUGGGCUAGUCUACUGUUAGGGGUGUUUUCACAGUUGGUCUGCGGUUCCUGGCUUAUUUGACAAACACCAUCGGCAGUUCUCUUUUGCCUCUUAGGCCCCAGCGUGGGCUCUGUUAAGACUGAGUCUCACGUGGGCAGCACAUAGAUCUGUGUCUCUUGGAGCUCAUCACACGGGCGGUGCCUUUCAACCCACCCGCCACGGGAGUAGUUGCUAAGGCACAAAAUGCAGGGCAGAAGGAGGUUUGCUGUCCAAUUUCCUAGCCAAAGUUUAUAUCGAAGCCCAAGGGAAACCACUUAAAAGUUACUCCACAUAUUUCACUUUUAAAAACAAAUGUUUUGGGUUCUGUAGCACAUUGUGCAUUCCUUUUCCCAUCUCCAGCGAAUGCCAGCACAGCUCCUGUGAAAUGAGCAGCAGGCAGUGAAGGUCCUUCUAGUGGCAUCUGCACAAUAAUUGCCCAGAGAUGCUUUGUAUCUGGGAAGCAAGCCAAGGAAUAAACCUUGAAGCAAAGUGUAUUAAAUUAGUUAUCUAGUUAGAGCUUUUGGAAUGAGUUCCUGAUGAUGUAUCAAGUCUGAAGCUGGAGCUGUCGGGGUCUAUUUUUUUCUGUUUGGAUUUGAAGAGAGAAAAUUAAAAACGGAGGGUGGAAAAAGGAGAUACCAUCUCACAGCAAAGCCGUUCAACACUUUGGGGCCUCUGGUUUUGAAGUCUUCCAGUGGAAAUGUUUUGUUUCUUUGAUCCGUACUCAUUUGGGCACGUGGGCCCUGUGUUGGGUCUGCCCUUGUUUAACGUGGUCCCUGGAUGGUGGGGGCUGAGUCUGAUGUCUUCAUCCUUAAGCUGAGCUGAGCCUGCCGGCCAAACUUAGCCACAGCCUGCUGAGCUUAUCGGUUCCCGUGGGCUCUAAAGAGACACCACCUUUGGUAGCAUUUACAUUUACACACACCUGUUUCCCUGGACAGGAGGUAAAGGAGGAUUUGGCUGCAUUGGAGAGGGAUGCCAAACGUUGAUGUCUUCAUAGCAGAGGAAAGAGGACUGUGCUUCUCUUCACAGUUAGAGGGGGAACGGCAAGAUCAGGAAAGGUGAAAACAUCUCCACAUGGAAUAUUUUGAGGAAUAAGCUUCCAAGGAGCUUGCAUUGAGAGAAUUUAACUUUUGCAAUCUUUGUGAUCCUAGAUUGACAAAAAGAACUAAUUGUUUUCCAUUACUAAUCUCUCACUGUUUGCCUAAGACUCACCUGGCCAUCUCUGGCCCCUUCAUCAUCCUUCAGCCUGGUUAGAGGGGUUUUGUGGGCUCUGUUGGGUUCUGGUGGGACUUGACCCCUGGCUCCCCCCGUACUCAUUUAACUUUUAUUUUGCUUGCUGUUAGCUCUUGAGGUUCAGUUAAACUCCAGGGGCUUUGGGAGAUCAGCAUUUUUAUCCAGCUGCCUAGUUUUCUCAUCUUUCCAGCUUAAAUACAGGUUGAGCAUAUGAAAUGGACAAUAGCUAGACCAUUUUUUGUUACAAUGACAGACAAGUCACAUAAAAUCAACCUAAUAUGCACAAUAUUUUUCUUCUCCCAAUACAGGAUGGGUCCCAACACACCAUAUGUCAUUUCUUCAAAUAAGUGCUAAUGAACCUGAAAGCAUGUGAAAUGGGCAGCUUGGCUCUUUUUGUGAACCUGCUGCCUUGCUGUAAUGAGCUUUGCCUCACUCAGUGAAUGGGUCAUGUCCUGGGGCUGGGAAGGCAGAGAUGUUAGUACACCUAGAUGUUAGUGCAUUCUCAUAGACAGGGCUGCCCAUCGGGCGUAUCACUGUGGGUUUUCAGCCGCCAUCUUUUUUUGAUGUACAAUCUGUGUUCGCAGACCUCAGCCCAGUGGUUAUGGAACAUGGUGUGUGGGCCUGAAGGUGUCCUCAGCCAGAAAGCAGAGGGUGCUUUCUAAUCUCACUCCUCUACUUCCAGUGGGGCGAAGGUAUAGCUAUUGACUUCCUUUUUGGGGAGAUGUGCCAAUCACUUUGAAGUUGGGGGAGUUGGGGUAUUCUUUGUGCCAGGUUGCUGAGACACAAGGGAUGGGAUCAGGUCAGACCCAGGUUAGUGUUCAUCUGUUCCGCAUUCUUCCUCCAUUUUGGCAAUAACUUGGGGUCCUAGAGGUGGAAAUUUCCAGAAGUACCAAGUGAUCACUGUUGGCACUAUAUGGGGAAUUCAGCUUCCUCACACUUUACCAAAGACUCUUCUGCUGCUCUGUUUCAUUGUAUUCCUCUGUAGUUUAUCAGACACUCAUCAUACUCUUAUUUAGUGAUUCCUUUUCAUGAACAAAGUAAUGACUCAUCCAGUACUGCUUCCAGAUGGAGAAACUGGGGUUUUCCAUGGACACUGCACAAAUUUUCCAGUGGCCUACAGCUUUAUGGAUGACAAAUUAGUUGGCCCUAUAGGAUGGAAAUAAUCUUAGUUGGCCCUAUAGAAUGGAAAUCUCUGAGAUGUUAAAAUGUUUGACACUUCCCUUAGAUGCUGUGCAAGAAAAAAAAAAAGGUUCUUGUCUUUGCCUCAAUUUCUGAGACAUCUGGGGGCAAAAGACCUUAGUGAUGCAUCUUUUGAAAGUAACAGCAUCAUUCCUGGGAGAGAGGUGAGGGUAUAUCCAAUCAAAUUCUGCUAAUCCAAAUGUGUCGUCCCAAAAGUCACUGUAAUUCAUAGGGUCCUAUAAAACUCAAUAGCCACCUUGCCCAAUACCCAGUCUUUCUCCUGCCUGUGCUCACAUUGUGCAUUUGGGUUAUAAACUCAGGUGGGUGAGCAUUUUUAUUCUGCUGACUACCUCUCUUAUCUCCUAGCUUAACAUAGCUGCAUCUUUUUCUGCAAGGUCAAAAUAAGUGUUCUCUAUUAAAAUGUCCAUGAGCCUGGCAUUGAGUAUCUGGCAUCAAUCGAUUUCAUAAGACCGGGUCAUUUAUCGUCGUUUGGUGCAGGAAGAGGGGGAGGAUGUGUAUCAGUUCCGACUGCUCAGAGCUUGGGUCAGCCCUUCUAUUUUAAAAAUAAAUUCAAGGACAUUUUGUUACAAGGCAGGAAGGCGAGAGCUGA